CUUUCCCCCCCUUCCAGUCUGGACACUUUCCCCCCCUUCCAGUCCGGACACUUUCACCCCCUUCCAGUCCAGACACUUUCACCCUCUUCCAGUCCGGACACUUUCCCCCCCUUCCAGUCCGGACACUUUCCCCCCCUUCCAGUCCGGACACUUUCACCCCCCCUUCCAGUCCGGACACUUUCACCCCCUUCCAGUCCGGACACUUUCCCCCCCUUCCAGUCCGGACACUUUCCCCCCCUUCCAGUCCGGACACUUUCACCCCCUUCCAUCCGGACACUUUCCCCCCCUUCCUGUCCGGACACUUUCCCCCCAUUCCAGUCCGGACACUUCCCCCCCCCUUCCAGUCCGGACACUUUCACCCCCCCCCCU